CAAAAAUCUCUUGAACAGACUAACCAGAGACAGGCAUUGGGUCUGGCUCAUAGGCCAGAGAUGGGGGACCAGCCCAUGGUGGAGGAAAGAGAGCCAGCCAGCCUAAGCGCUCACUUCAGUGCAACUCACCAACACGUCAUGCUGAAGCCUCAAGGUUGGUACUCCAAGACCAAGGAAACCUCAGUCCUCAGGACAUCAAGGGUGUUUUCAGUUAUCCUUGUCUGUCUGAUCAUAGUGCUGGUGGCUACGAUUGUUGUGUAUUUCCAACUAUUCAGUCCAAUUUCCAAGCUUGGUUCUAAGAAUAUUAGCGCUUUGAAUGCUCAAUUCCCGAUGUUUAAAAAUGACCUGGAAAAUGCAAGUGUCUUAAAUCCCCAGACCCUUGUUUCAAGAUGCAGUUUGCACAAUGCCAGUAUUGAGAUCCAGAUGUUAAAAGAAGCCCUGAAAAGCACCAGCACUCAAACACGGGUAACAUACGAAAGCUUGAUGAGCAUCAGUACUCAGAUCCAGAUGUUAAGAAAAGAGACAGAGAAAGUCAGUGCCUUAAAUUCACAGACUCAAAGGCUAGAUGGUCAUUUGGGAAAUGCAACUGCUGAGAUCCAGAUGAUGAAAACAAGUCUAAAGAAUAUUGAUACCUUAAAAUCCCAGUCCCAGAAGCUAAACCAUGAUCUAGAAAAGGUCAGUGGAGAGAUAAAGACUUUAAAGAGAGAUCUAGAAAAUGCAAGUGCUUUAUAUUCCCUGACUCAGAUGUUACAGAGUGGUCUAGAACUUUCCAAUGCUGAGAUCCAGAUAUUAAAAACUAAUUUGAAAGGAAACAGCACCUUAAUUUCCCAGGUCCAAAUGUUACAAGGCAAUUUGGAAAAAAACCACGCUGAGUUGCAAAGACUGAAAAAGAUUUUGGAAAAUGCUAAUGCUCUUCAUGCCCAAGACCAGAAGUUAAGAAACAAUUUGGAAAACACCAAAGCUGAGAUACAGGUGUUAAGAGAACAUUUGGAAAAGACCAAUGCUGAGGUCCAGAUCUUAAAAAUGGGUCUAGGAAAUGCCAAUAUUCAGGCACAGGUAGCAAAUAGCAGCCUAAAUAGUGUCAGUGUUCAGAUCCAGAUGUUAAAAGGAGAUUUGGGAUCUAUCGAUACCUUGAAAUCAGAGGUCCAGCAACUGAAAAGUCAUUUGGAAAGAGCUAACAAAGAGAUCCAGAUGCUGAAAGAAAGUCUGAAGAAUACCGAUGCCUUAACAUCUCAGACCCAGACAUUAACCAAAGAAUUGGCAAAAGCCGAUGAUGAGAUCCAGAGAUUAAAGUCAGCUUUACAAAGAGCAAGCCAGAUUCCAGGCUUAAGAAGUGACUUGAAUAAAGCCAAUGAAGAGAUACAGAAGGUAAAGCAAAGAUUGGCUGUUGUCAACGCUCUAAAUGAUGAAAUCCAAAAGUUUAAAAGCCAGCUGGAGACAGUCACCCAACAACAACAAAUGGUGAAAGAGCACCUUCUUCAGCUCAUCAUCCAAGGCUGGCGCUUCUACAAGGGGAAGGCAUACUACUUUUCAAUCACCAAGAAGUCUUGGGAUGAGGCUGAAGAGUUCUGUGUGUCCCACGACUCUCACCUGGCCUCAGUGACCUCAGAAGAAGAACAGGAGUUUCUGGGAAAGGCAACAAAUGGAGUUUAUCACUGGAUAGGCCUGACAGAUAAAGGAACUGAAGGCGUCUGGCGCUGGGUAGAUGGGACUCCUUUUAACAGUGUCAAGAGUAAAGGAUUUUGGAACAAGAAACAACCAGACAACUGGAACCAUGGUAAUGGGAUACAAGAAGACUGUGUCCACUCCAUGGAAAAGUGGAAUGACAUGAUAUGUCAAAGGCCUUACCCCUGGAUCUGCAAGAAGGUGCUCCAUUCAACCAAGGGCUUCGAUUUCUUUCCCACCCCCUCCCCAACAAAGGAGGAAUCAGACUUUCACUUCUUCUACAAGAAUUUCAAUUCUUUUUUCAAAAACCUAGGAUAUACCUAAAUUCUAAGGAUGUUGACCUUGGAAUAUUUAUGACCUCAGUUUGAAACCUGCCUCAGAUGUUUUCUGUAACCCUGAUCAAGACAUUUAAUUACUCUGUACCUCAGUGUCUCCAUCUGUUAAAUGAGAGAGUGGGACUUGAUGACUUCUCUCUAACUCUAUGUUCAUGACCUUAGAUCAAAUCAAGCCUAUCGACUUUGUGACCACCACAGCUCACAUAGCUCUCUCCCUUUUCCAAGCUCCAACUGGUGUACACUGGCUUUUACCUGGUUUUUUUUGACACUUUUAGAAUAUUUUACCAUCAUUUUUUGUUUCAUACAUGCCUAUUUUAUCCCUCAACUAAACUAUGAGCCCUGGCAAGGCUAGGCUCAAGUCUAAGACCA